AUGGGCCCACCACGCUUCCGCUGCGCCACUCUAAUUGAGUGGUUGAGGAGACUGUUGGGCGAGUUGGGUGUUCAGUGCCCUUCUCUGAUUCGCCUACAUGUUGACAAUACGAGUGCCAUUCGUAUUGCAACCAAUCUGGUGUUACAUGACAGAACCAAACAUAUUGAAGUGCAUAUCCAUUAUGUUCGUCAGCUGGUCACUGAAGGGAUAGUCGAACUUACCUACAUCAGCUUUGAAGAUCAAUCGGCUGACCUAUUGACUAAAGCGGUGUCUACUACACGUCAUUGGUUUCUAGCACACAAAUUGAUGUUACAUCAGCAUCAUCAAUUUGAGGGAGGGUGUUAG